AUGCGAGAAUUUGGAAGGGGAAAUCCUAUAGAUGGGUUGUCUUCCCUGAAGAUCCUUCGAUUGAGUGAAACAAGCGUUUCUGGCUUCCCCAAAUUAUUCAAUAAGCUUUCUCAUUUGGAGAAACUUGAAGAAUUAGAUGCCGCAGGAUGCAAGAAUUUAAGAGGGGAAAUUCUUAUAGAUGGGUCAUCUUCAUUGAGAAUCCUUCGAUUAGGUUGGACAAACAUUUCUAGCUUCUCCCAUGGAUUCAAUAAGCUUUCUCGUCUUGAAAAACUUGAAGAAUUAGAUGUCAGUGAAUGCAAGAAUUUGGAAGGAGAAAUUCCUAUAGAUAGGUUGUCUUCAUUGAAGAUCCUUCGAUUAAGUGGAACAAGCAUUUCUGGCUUCCCCGACUUAUUCAAUAAGCUUUCUUGUCUUGAGAAACUUGAACAAUUAGAUGCCGCAAGAUGCAAGAAUCUAGGAGGGGAAAUUCUUAUAGAUGAGUUGUUUUCACUGAGGAUCCUUCGAUUAGGUUGGACAAGCAUUUCUGGCUUCUCCAAUGGAUUCAAUAAGCUUUCUCGUCUUGAGAAACUUGAAGAAUUAGAUGCCGCAGGAUGCAAGAAUCUUGGAGGGAAAAUUCUUAUAGAUGGGUUGUCUUCACUAAGGAUCCUUCGAUUAGGUUGGACAAGCAUUUCUGGCUUCUCCAAUAGAUUCAAUAAGCUUUCUCGUCUUGAAAAACUUGAAGAAUUAGAUGUCAGUGAAUGCAAGAAUUUGGAAGGGGAAAUACCUAUAGAUGGGUUGUCUUCACUGAAAAUCCUUCGAUUAAGCGGAACAAACGUUUCUGGCUUCCCUGACUUAUUCAAUAAGCUUUCUCGUUUGGAGAAACUUGAAGAAUUAGAUGCCGCAGGAUGCAAGAAUCUUGGAGGGGAAAUUCUUAUAGAUGGGUUGUCUUCACUAAAGAUCCUUCGAUUAGGUUGGACAAACAUUUCUGGCUUCUCCAAUGGAUUCAAUAAGCUUUCUCGUCUUGAGAAACUUGAAGAAUUAGAUGUUAGACAAUGUAAGAAUCUGAGAGUGGAAAUUCCUAUAGAUGGGUUGUCUUCACUGAAGAUCAUUCGAUUAAGUGGAACAAGUGUUUCUGGCUUCCCCAACUUAUUCAAUAAGCUUUCUCGUAUGGAGAAACUUGAAGAAUUAGAUGCCGCAAGAUGCAAGAAUCUAGGAGGGGAAAUUUUUAUAGAUGGGUUGUCUUCACUAAGGAUCCUUCGAUUAGGUUGGACAAGCAUUUCUGGCUUCUCCAAUGGAUUUGAUAAGCUUUCUUGUCUUAAGAAACUUGAAGAAUUAGAUGUUAGUGAAUGCAAGAAUUUGGAAGCGGAAAUCCCCAUAGAUGGGUUGUAUUCACUGAAGAUCCUUCGAUUAAGUGGGUUAAGCGUUUCUGGCUUCCUCGAUGGAUUCAAUAAGCUUUCUCAUCUUGAAGAACUUCAAUUAUAUGACUGCAAGAUGCUUCAAUCGUUGCCGCAAAGCAUCGCUUAUCUGCCUUCUCUGCAACUCCUUCAAUUAAGAAGGUGUCGCAAUCUUUGAUCACUCCCACAAAUUCUUGUAUGCUUAACUGAUUUAAGAGUCACUUGUCAACAUCACACAUUGCCUCAACUUUCUCAUCUAGUCCACCUAAAAUUGCUCGUUGUUGAUUUUUGCCAACUGUUGAAAUCCAUGCUGGAGCUUGCCUCUAGAUUGUUGGAGCUUUGUGUUUACAAUUGCAAUGAGUUGAAAGAGUUACCAAGUCUGUCGAGAUUGGAAUUCUUGUCAAAAUUAGUUAUUUCUCGUUGCAAUGAGCUGACAGUAAUCAAGGGUCUGGGAGCAUCAAAAUCCUUAGCUAGGUUCUUUGUACAUAGAUGCCGAAAGUUGUCCAACCUUGACGGCCUUGAACAUCUAUCGAAAAACUUAGAAAAAUUGAAUUUACCUGGGUGCGGAUCCAUUGAAACAUUACCAGACCUCUCGUGCUUCGAUAACCUGACAUAUUUGAACAUUAAAGGGUUCUAAAACUUCGGAUGUCAAGGGACUGGAGAAAGUCGCAAAUGUCUGCAAAUGAGGGAUUUAGCUCCGAGCCUCAGCAAAUUGUCCCCAUCUGUGGAAAUUCGAAGUUUUAAUGGAAAGAUGGGGGUCAAUCUAGCAUAAACUCGUGGAGAUCACAGAGCUCUAGGAAUCGAGGUGUUCGACUCUAAAAGAUGUUCGGCGAUGCGACUUAUCAGAAUUCCAUUCGUUUAUUGCACUACUGCAGCAGAGAGAAACAAUUGGUCCCCGAAUUCACGUUUUGCUUUGAAAGGAACGAGGAAGCUGAUGAAGGAAUAUGAUAUGAUGCUUCGGAGAAAUCACUCUCUUGAUAAUGCCAACGGUCAGAUGUCAUAGCUAUCAAGA